CGUCAGCCACACGAAUACGAUCAACAGUCGGUUGAUAACUUCGAAGGCUACGGACCUGAAGGUCCUGACGUUGAUCGUGACGGCCGAGAUCAACAGGAAUACGAUCAAGGCUCCGUUGCCGACUUCGAAGUUGACCGGUCUGACGAACCUAGCGUUGAUCGCAACAGCCGCGAUCCGCGAGAAUACGAUCAGACCUGUGUCAGCGUAUUCGAAGGCUUCGGACCUGACGGACCUGACCCUGAUUGUGAUAGCCGAGAUCCCCGGGAAUACGAUCAAGGCCCUGUCGCUAGCUUCGAAAGCCACGGGCCUGACCGACCCGGCGUUGAUCGCGAUAACUGUCAUCCACAGGGAUACGAUCAAGGCUCCGUUGCUGACAUCAAUCUGGCUGAGUGGUAUAGCAGGAUAAAGGAAGAAUACUCUUGGCUGUUCGAAAGCCAAGAGCCUCGAGGAUACGAUCGAGAUCCUGUUCCUAGCUUCGAAGGCUACGAGGCUGAAGGACCUGACUUCGAUCGUGCCAGCCGAGACGGGCCAGAAUACGAUCGAAGCCGGGUCAACAGCUUCGAGGGCUACGAGGCUGAAGGACCUGACUUUGAUCGUGCCAGCCGAGACUGGCCAGAAUAUGAUCGAAGCCGGGUCAACAGCUUCGAGGGCUACGGACCUGACGGUCCUGACUUUGAUCGCGAUAGCCAAGUUCAUCGAGAAUACGAUCAGCCUCCGGUUGUACGCUUCAACAGCUACCGAUCGGACCAACCAAGCGUUGAUUGUAUUAGCCGAGACCUGCGAGAAUACGAUCAGGUCCCGGUCAGAGGCUUCGACGAACACGGCUACGAUCAUCAAGGCCCUGAUCACGGCUACGAUGAACAGGAACCCGAUGACGGCUAUAGCGACGACGGCGGUAGCGACGACGGCGGUAGCGACGACGGCGGCAGUGAUGACGGC